GCCCCCCCCCGCCCCGCCCCCCCCCGCUGCCCGCCAGGCCGAGGCAGUCAGGCGCCCUGCGCCCUGCCGCCUGAGUGUGCGUGACCAGACGCCCAGCCUCCUCCAGAAUCGGCUCCGAUCACGCCCAGACCCUGAGCUGAGGGCCCCACUUCAUUGUCAGGUGGGACCCUGCCGAGGAGCGGAGAUGGGGAAGAAGCUGGACCUGUCCGAGCUCACGGACGAAGAGGCCCAGCACGUCUGGGAAGUCGUGCAGCGGGACUUGGAGCUCAGGCGGAGGGAAGAGGAGAGGCUGGAGGAGCUGAAGGGCAGGAUCAAGAAGGGCAGCCCCCAGAGGGAGCUGGCGUCCGACGCGGCCCGCCUGAGCGAGACCCGCUGUGCCCACUGCCUGCAGCCCUACCGGCUCCUCGCCGCCCCCAGGAGGCAGUGCCUGGACUGCCGCCUCUUCGCCUGCCCCGGCUGCAGCCACGCCCGCCCGGGGGAGGGCUGGCUCUGCCACCCCUGCCACCUGGCCAGGGUCCUGGAGCGGGGCUCCCUGGAGUGGUUCUACGGGCACGUGCGGGCCCGCUUCAAGCGGUUCGGGAGCGCCAAGGUGGUCCGGUCCCUGAGCGCGCGGCUGCCGGGUGCAGGUUCAUCCGACCGCGUGCAGAGCUCGCCCAGCACUCCCAGCGGGCCUGAGCCAGGCCCCGGAGACAGAAGCGGGGACAGUGAGCAGAGGGACACGGACGGAGAGCUGGACCCAGCGGCCCAGGCCCCGCCCCUCAGCAGCAAACCGGUGCCCUCCAGGGGGAAGCGCCUCCUCCCCAUUCACAGCCGGGACUUCGAGGCCGACUCCGACGACUCCGCUGGGCCGGGCAGCCGCCCCCCAAGCCCGUCCUCGGCCCCAGAGCCCCCGGACGGCCUGCAGGUCCCGUGGGCUCAGGCCCUCACCGGUGAGCCCCGCCCAGAGGAGGCCAGCACCGGGGGCUCUGGAGACCACCCCCGUGCAGAAGUGCAGACAGACCGCCUCUCACCUGCCGGAUGGGGCGGCCCCGCUGAGCUCUGCCUGCCAGGAGCGUCCUGUGCGGCAGCCCUGGGGGCCGCUGCCUCUCCUGGGGCACACGGCGCCGGGAGUGGCCAGCCACCCGCCCCGCCCCCGGCGGGCGAGGACCCCUCCAGCGAAGAGAGCGCCCGGGCCCUCGGGGCCGCCUCCCGCCGUUCCGGACCGAGUGGCCUGGCUGCCUCCGAGACCCAGUGUCCAGGCGCCCGCGAGCCCACGGACGCCGACGCGGAGGAGGAGACCCUGAAGCGGAAGCUGGAGGAGUUGACCGGCAACGUCAGCGACCCCGGGGCCUCCUCCGGGGAGGAGGGCGAGCGCGAAGGGGCGGAGCCGGGCAGGAGCACGGCCUUGGAGCGCCCCCCCAGGACGACCCCGGAGGUGAGCGCGUCUGCAGGCCAAGCGCAGAGAUGGGAAGAGAUCCCCCCCGCCCCUCAGGACCCCACCCAGACCGCCAGGACCCCGGACGAGGCGCUGUCGGAGCUGGAAGACAAGGUGGCCCUGACGGCUUCCGAGGUUCAGCAGGCGGAGAGCGAGGUCUCGGACAUCGAGGCCAGGAUCGCAGCCCUGCGGGCCUCGGGGCUCACGGUGAGGCCCUGGGGGAAGGCCCGGCGGAGGUCCAAGCUCCCGGUCCUGCUCCCCCGACCAGCGAGGACCCCGGGCCCGAGCCCCGAGCACCCGCCUGCAGGCCCUGCGGACCAGGUCAAGGUCUCGGCUGCGCCCUGCCUCCUGGGGAGGGGGUUCAGUAACGCCCCUGGGGGUCAAGGCGAGGACGGCGGGGAGCCCUUCGAUCGGAAGUCGGCGUACCGCGGGUCCCUGACGCAGAGGAGCCCGGACGGCCGGAGGGGCGCCGCCCCCCGCAGCUUUGCGAAACCCGUGAUGAUCCAUCAGCCCUGAGGGGCAGAGGGUCACCGGGACAGGACGGAGCAGCCGAAGACCCCGCCUUGCUCUCCGCCCCCCGGAAACUCGGACCCUCCAGAAAUGCAGAGGCUCUGUCCCUCCUCCAGGACGCUGUCCUUCAGACUCUUUGAAGGUCACUCGGAAGACCCAUUCGCUCUGACCUUUCACCCUCCCACCGCGGCCUUUCUUGUGUUGCUUUCCUGAGUGGGGCGCGAAGGGACGACAGUGGGCACCAGCCCCUGGGUCCGGACGGGGCGUCGGAGCGUGGGCCCGGGGUUCUGGGGAGGGUGGGCGGGGCGGGGCGUCGGGCGUCCGCCCCGACGAGUGACUGAACUCACGAUCCUGGAGAAACGAGAGGGGGGCAGAGCCCCGCCCCUCCCCACACACCCCGAUUCCACUUUUUUCUUCUGUUUCUCUGCACGCGUGAGAUCCUUUCCAAAUGUACACAAACCGCUUUUGUCAUAAAAAUCAACACAUUUGUUUCUGAUGGUAA